AUGUCGUCGAAUCCGGUUUUCUAUCCAUCGCAGCCCGCUUAUAACACACCAAACGGUUAUGUGCACACUCAGCAGCCCUAUCCACAACAGCAGCCGACAAUAAUCUACCAACAACAACCCCAACAAUCCGCCAACUGCUGCCAGAGCAUUUUCUCCUGCUGCUCCUACUGUGUGACUUGCAUGUCGUGCGUCUAUCUAUCCACCUGGAUGGGCUCAUGCUGCUGCAAUCUCAUCGAUUAA